UGGGGUUUUUUUUUAGAGAGAGAGAGAGAGAGAGAGAGAGAGAGAGAGCAGAGAGUUCACAUUUGGUGUAAAGUUGAUGGUGUGUUAGAGUGCACGUGCGACAGUGUGAGUCACGUAAACUCCGGAUGCGUCAUUGCCAUUUCCUAUUAUCCCUGCACCGUGUGUGUGUGUGUGAGAGUGAGAAUGAGGGGGGUCUGUUCUUUUCUUUAAUUUUUUUCUUUUAGAACUUAAACUUGGUGUCCCAGGUACAAAUACCAGCACUUGCUGCACCUGUUUAGGAUACUUUUUUUCAUACCGAAUGAUGACGUCAUCACACAUUGAAAAGUGUUUCCAAUUCAAUGCUUCUUAAAAGCUCUUCAGCGCGUGUGUUCAUGUGCGACGGCCAUAUUUCACUUUUGUUUCAGCUCAGGAGGGUGUGUGUGUGUGUAUGUGUGUGUGUGUGCGUGCGUGCCCGCCCGCCCGCACAGGGGGUAGCAUCUGUAGCCUAUGCGUCAUAGCGCGGUUGCCAGAUCGGGCGGUUUGGGCCUGUCCGCUCUGCUUUGGGUAGGGUGUUACAGUCGUGACGUCAUAUGUGAAGGUACACUUAUGUAGCUGUAUAAGAUACAAACGAUUUAAAAGUAACCCAAGUGAUCCUCGAACAAGUAGCCUGUUACAGUCGCUAGGGCAAGGGUUAGCAAACAAACAAACAAACAAACAGUUGCAGACUCUGUUAUAAUCACAGUGGAAAUAUUGUACGACUAUACUGUGGUCUGUAUAUGACUAUAUGUACGAUUACCAGGCGAUUUAAGAUACAUAAUUGGUCCAAAAUGACAAGGAAUAACACACAUUUGUACUCUGUUGAGCACGUUUUGAGCGGCGGUGAAAACCUUCGACAACCCUGACGUACGCCGAGCCAGACUCCACUUCACAUUUCCAUUUAUUUGCAACACGCUCAUUUUAAUAGCUUAAACACGCACCGCUGUCCUCGUCUAUUCCUGUCGGGAUGCAACUGGAAAAUCAAGGACAUCGUUAGUACAGACACGUAACACAAAACCAGCAAACAAACCCUCCUAACACACCCACCCACACAAACACACUGACACACACACACACCCCCACCCUACUCCCUCUUACGUUGUUUACCUCAUUCCUGUCAUACACCACUGCAACAUGAGUAUUAGUGGCCAGAGGAAGGACAAAUCAUUGAAACAGCUCAACAUUGUUAAGAUGUUCCUGGAUAACUCGUGCUGCAUAUCUGAUGUAAUCAGAGCCACAUUGCGUGCGAGAAUGUGUGCAGAACCGGUUGACGUAAAGACGUGUUGAAAGACAGGGAAUAUUCUGUGAAUCAUCUUUUUAAUGAUUUCCAUAAACAGACAGGGUUUAUGGUCUGGGGCAAUUUGAAACGAUGUUUUCGCACUAUAUAGCAUCGUGCGUACCACAAAUCAUUUCAGUUAGGGAACCGUUUGCGUUUCAGCUCUUGAAUUAGACCUAAUUUUAGCCGAGUAAUUACCAUACCAGCUACAUUUAAAUCCUGAAAACUACACAUCUGAGAUCCGAUUUACGUCUGAUCUGAAAUUAUGGUUUCGAAUACAAACCGUUCCCGUGAUUGCGGUGAAACGCCCGUUCAUUUCUGGCUCAGUGGCACUUUGUCACUUCCCAAGUUCACCCCCGGAAUGUGCAAGUCACCAUAGUCUGGUUCUCGGCAAGCGUCUGCUCAGCUGGGGAAUGGAUAAACAUUGCGUCGUGCCUGUAAUCCAAUAGCGCAGGCUAUCUUAAGCGUGAGCUGCUUUUUCCAUGGUGGCAUGACCUGCUUUGGACCUCUUUUAAAGGGAACAGUCACUUAAACGAAGCCUUUAUUUUAUUCUUGAGACUUUAUACAACAUGAAGCAAAAAAAAAAAAAAAAAGAUGAGUCUCGUCACAUUAAGGCUUAGCAUGCUCAUGAAUAUAUUAGCGGUGUGUAUUAGAUCUGUUUACAACACGUGGCAAGGACGCACAAGCAGCCAAAACCUCCUUUUCUCAUAACGUGUUGAAAAUUACAACGGAAAAGAUGCCGGACAGGUAAAAUCACACGGUGGUUGUAUUUGGUAUCGGUAUGAACUGCACAAAGAACAGCAGUGCGUCAAAACUGGGAACUUCUGAACCACGAGAGAGGUCAGAGGUGGGCAGUAAUCACCUUGAACCAGCUUCGUGCACGUCCAGGCCAUCAGAACUUUCAAAAAGCCAGACCCGAGUACACUCAUCGCUCAUUCGAUGCCUUAACCAAGGCUCUGGCAUUCGAGUCUAUUCCUGUCCGGAUGUAAAAGGAACAUGGUGGCGCGAGGGGGAUGUGUCCGUUCGGAUAGGACGAGUAAUACGAAACCGGUACCCAAAUCCGUGUAACCCUGAUCGAACUCGACUCGACGGAUUUCAUCAAAUGCAGCAGCGAACACGCCGCGUUCACACCCCUCACACCGACACCACACACCGACAGACCGCCAAGCCCUUGUUGUUUACCUCGUUCCUGUUCCGCUCGUCAGGACGUGGCCGGUAGUAGCCUUGCUUCGGGAUGAACUCCUAGAGGAACCCGAAUGGUGCAUUGUGGGGAUUUAAAACAGGGUGGGUGGAAAAUGCAAAGGCAGACAGUCUCUCAAAAAACAAGCUCGAAUAACAGUUCUCUGGAUGCCAAUGAGGAGCGAGCAUGUGCUUGGUCAGAGGUGGUGUACAGGAGAAGAAAAUGCUGUGCAUGAUUUCGGAGACCUGAGUUUCGAGCACCUGGAGGAGGACGACCGAUUCAUGAACGUUCCCUUCCCACGGACGGUGGGACGAGCCAAUCAGAUUCUGUCGGACGCCAUGAGCCGAGCGGUAGGGGCGGGGCAUACGGCUGUCAUGCUAGGAGGAGAUCACAGCUUGGCCAUCGGCUCGGUUGCGGGCCACGCCCAGCAACGUCCGGACCUUUGUCUGAUCUGGGUCGACGCCCACGCCGACAUCAACACCCCCAUGACCUCCCCAUCCGGGAACCUCCACGGCCAGCCGGUCGCGUUCAUGCUCAAAGAGCUGCAGGACAAGAUGCCAGCGGUUCCUGGCUUCUCCUGGAUGAAACCGUUUCUCGCAGCUAGAGAUCUGGUUUACAUCGGCCUGAGAGACGUGGACCCGGGCGAGCAUGUUAUUCUGAAGAGCCUCGGAAUCCAGUGCUUCACCAUGCGGGAUAUUGACCGCCUGGGCAUGCAGAGGGUUAUGGAAGUGACGCUGGAUCAUCUGCUGGCAAGGAAGCGGCGCCCCAUCCACCUGAGCUUUGACAUCGAUGCGUUCGACCCCACUCUCGCGCCAGCUACAGGAACUCCGGUGAACGGAGGACUGACCUACAGAGAGGGAAUGUACAUCACGGAGGAGAUCCAUAACACUGGUUUGCUGUCUGCGAUGGACCUGGUGGAGGUGAAUCCGGCGCUGGGUGCGAGCUCGGAGGCGGUGGAGGCCACCGCCGGUCUCGCCGUGGACGUCAUCGCUUCGUCUCUGGGUCAGACUCGUGAGCUGCAGGACACCGAACAACUCGGCCUGUAGAGCCACGGGGACGCGGACACAGACACGGGAUUGAAACGCAGACCUGUUUGCCAUUCCAAAGUUUAAACACAGUAUGAGAAAAAAAACAAUAAAAAAAACAAACCCUGCACAACUUUAAACCUUUCAGAGAAAGCGAACUAAAAGAGCUUGGAGUGAGAAGAGCGGCGAGAGAGGGAGAGUGCCCAAUCCUCACAGGAAAACGCGCACACAGGCCGAUGUAUAGCAUUUAGCAAUAUGACUGACGCCAACUAGGACUGAAGGCGCGUCACUUCUGUAUACUAAUAUUUUGUUUAAAUGGACUGUUCACUGAACUUAUGCAAAAGUUAGAAUUGUUAAUAAAUCUACAAUGUGUUGGCUACCUUUAAAGAAAACGUGGGUCUCCGUGAAUUUUCCGACAUCCUUCCACGAGACCCGCCACGUGUCUCUCUUUCAAACUUUUAACGAUUGAAUGUUUGUAUUUAUGAGUGUUUUUUCCUUUCAUCAUAACAAAACGAAUAAAAAUUAUUUCCUAGUUUGUCA